CUAAUUCCUGUGAGUCCAUAUUCUCCUGAGAUUUGUUGCUGGAAUUGAAAUGUAUCGCCUUUCCCGUGUAUUUCGCAAAAACAGCUGCCAAUUCGUCAGCUGUUAGAAUUUUAUUAUGAACGCGUUGCAUAUGAUUGGAAAAACUAAAGGGCAGAAAAAGACAAUUGACUUAGAGCCGCCAGUUCUUUAUACUUAUGUGAACGCUAAAAUUUGCAGUUCAUAUUGAAUGUUUUGGUAUUUUAACUUUGUGCUGCCAAAGAAAGAAGACAGCCUAACUGUAGAGUUGAAGUGAAGCGUGUAUGGAAUUUGUGAAAAGAGAAAGUUGGCUAAGACUUUGUUAAAGCGCUCCAAUAAGGAAGUACACGUAAUCCAGCAAAUCAACUGACACAACACCAUGUUAAGAGUGAAGGCAACGGAGUCCCACUCCACUUCCGCAAUAGCGAAUGGGAAAUCAUUGGCUAACGGUAAACCUGUUGCUAAUGGUAAAAGUGCACAACCCGCAGCAAAUACUUUGCCACAACGGAAAUCGGUAAUAAUCGCCUAUAUUCUUUGGCUUUUUGGUGGUAUUUUUGGACUACAUCACCUGUAUUUGCAUCGGGAUCGACAUGCUUUCAUCUGGUGGUGCACUUUGGGCGGUUAUUUCGGUGUCGGUUGGUUGGCUGAAAUAGUUUUAAUACCGGAAUAUGUGCGGGAUGCUAAUGAGGAUCCAACAUUUAUUAAAUCGUUUGUGGCAAAAUUGCAAACAAAUCAAAGGCCGCCCUACUCGGCUAAACGUUUUGUGGGUGAAGUUAUGAUUGGUUAUCUCUUUGGACAAGUGCUGCUCAUGGCCAUACCAGAAACAAUAUUCGCUGGUAUAGAUUGGGGUUUCUUGCAUUGGCUUAUACCGGUAUUUGUUUCGUUGGGCGUCUGGACUGUGGGCAAUAUCGGACGCGAACGUGGGGUUUGGUGGCAUUGCUUAAUCGGCGCCGUCGCUAUAUAUCCAGCGCGCUAUCUAAUUUAUGAUGAGACCUAUUCAUUGCUAUUGACCGCGCUUGUUUCUGCGCUUGUUUUCGACACAUAUUCAAAACAAUGGUUACGUACACCACCGAAACGGCACGGCGUUGGCGCACGCUCGGUGAAACUGACAGCUGCUUUGUUGGUUUACUUUUCAUUAUGGGGAUGUUUUCUUUAUUUCAAUGGCACGAUUACCGAUGACGAUGGUGGUGAAGUGCCUAUACAUGAAGCUUUACGGAAUUUCCUUACAUCAGCUUGGUGGACAGAUUUCACACAAGCCCUUACGGAUACAUAUCAAUAUGCACAACAUCAUGGCUGGUAUGAGACAUGGAAGGAAAUAUUCGAAAGUAUGGACGUUGAUGGCGAGCGCAAUUCCUACAAAGUGUUGGGUGUAAGUGCAACCGCCUCACAAGCCGAAAUUACAUCAGCAUAUCGUCGCCUGUCCAAGGAAUUCCAUCCGGACAAGGUCAAAGAUGAGAAAUUGAAAGCGGCUGCAAAUCAACGUUUUAUUGAAAUUCAACAGGCAUAUAACGUGCUGAGUAAAAUCAAAUCAAGCCGUCGUCGUAAGAACAAAAAGUCCGUUGACGAUGAACCGAUCGUUUUAUAAGAACAAAAAAAAAAAAUUGGACGAAAA